AUGAAAAAGGCUAUGAUGAUAUUUCAACUCAUGGAGGCCAUUUCCGGACUUUCAAUUUUCGCAAAAGGUGGAGUAAAAAAAUACAUAACCAAGGGAGGCCGAUGGAGAAGCCCGGAUUAUGGAAUAAACUAUCAAUUGGCAGCCAUGUCUACAUCUGGAACCCCGACAGAGUUCAGAAGCGAGGAAUUGUCUCCUGGCAUCAAAAUUUUGAAGGAGGUGGGUACUAGUGACGUCUUAGAUCUUCAUCAUCCAAAAAGCGGGCAGACUAAGCUUAUCUUUCAUUCUAGAAAUAAUGGAUUGACACAAAAGUUUGGGAUUGAAGGAAAUGAGAAUGAUGGGUAUACACUUAAGAAUAAGAACAAAGAUCUAUGCUUGGAGUAUGAUGAUGAUGGGAAUAUAUAUGGAACCACUUGCUCAGAGAACAGUAGGCAGAAGUUUGAUGUUGUUUACACGCCUGAAGACCCCGAGUACAAGCCACCCUCUGAAGAAGCAAUGGAUGCACCCAGUAUAGGAAGUCCAAGUCCUCAGGGCACUCCCCAAAUAUUCAUAUUCAAUGAGUCGCCUGAAAAUAAUCAUGGAUCUAAACAUAAGCACCGAAGGGGGCACUCGCAUAAACACCAUCAUCAUCACCAUCAUUCUCCACAUGAAUCGCCGUACUUUACCUACCAAAAGUAUUCUGAUCAGAUCAUUGUGUAA